GAAUGGUGGUGGAGCCGCGCCAUUUAUGAUAUCGAAGAGAUGGGAAAUUCAACAUGCUUUUGGCGCUAGUUUAUCCAGUUGCGCUAUCUAGAUCCGCUAGUGAGUUUCGUACAUUCGCGGCGGUUAGGUAAAAUCGUUGAGCUGUUUGGUGCAAAUUCGCGGGCAUUAGAUACCUACAACGAUUGGGCCACUUGAUGAAUAACUGAAUGCAUUCAAGAAUCAACACAGUACUACCGGCAAUACAAGAUAUAAUUAGUGGAGAAUCUCUAUUUAUUGUCGGGAAAAGUGCAAUAAAUCGAAUAAUUUUCGGUUGAAUAAAUUUGAUUAUUGUUCAAUUCGAAAAGGGAAGAAUGCUAUUUUCCUUUUGAACGUAGAAAAGUAACACAAUAGUGAAAAAGAAAGUGAAUUGCAUUGAAUUGUGGCAGUAGAAUUGAAGAAUUGAUAAGUUUUUAUUGAUAGUGAUUUACGUUCGUGUUUUGAUUGUUCGGGAGAAAAGAUCAUCGACAAACCUGCAACAGUAACGUGAGAGAUACAAAUCGUGAUCAAUUGGCUGUUACACCUGUAAUACUGUUUUGGGAUCGUAAAUGGGAUUAUACUUGUUGAAUUCAUUGAACUUUUGAUUGUGAAAGUGAAUUUCCUCUGACAAAAUGAACAGCGAUUCGAGGACAUCCGAUUCGCCAGCAUCAACAGCAGACUCUACAGAAUCAACUUCAGUUAGCGUGGAAACUAUCGUAGACCUGAAUUCAUCAAUUGAUACCAAAAUGAUUGAGAAACAAACUGCCGCAUUGGCAAACAGCACAAACACGACCAACAAUAAUUUCAACAAGAACAGUCUCACCAACUCUCAAAUCUCCAUGAUAUCAUCGAACGACCAAAAGGAUACGAGUCCGAUAUACAACAGCCCCGAACUCCUAUUAACGGAAAAUGAUACAAAGCCAGUUUUGGGAACCACUAUUGAGGAAAAAGUGCCCCCGAAGGAAACCCAACUUCCAGAAAAGCUCGGCGGACAGGUCCCAGUGAAACGAAAGAAAAGCAAUGAUUUUCCCAAGCACAUCCUUUUUGGGAUCAUUCAAUUUGCUCUGAGUAUAGCCCUCGUAGCACUUGGAGGGUUGCUUUUGGUACGUGGUGCGACGUUUGCAACAACUGGUUGCGGAAUUUGGUCAGGAGCUAUUGCUGCGGUUGCUGGAGCUCUAAGUGUUAUAAACAUGAGGAGCGCACAGACAGGAUUCCUGGCAGUGUCGCUCAUUUGUGUCGCUUCUGGAACAUUGGCAUUAGCUUUGGCUGGUACUGGUUUAGUGCGGGAUAUAAAUCGAUUGGAGCAAGAACAGUCAAACCACGAAGCAAUCAAAGCCGCCAUAUCAGCAAACAGUGGAUUAAUUUUCGCAUUAGCACUACAUCUUGUUGUGAGCAUUGCAUCCGUAUACCAUUCGGCCAUUAAAAUAUGUUCCAGGGGAAAUGCAUCACAAAUGCUGGACAAUGUAAUUACAGUUAAUAAUGCAUCAAUGGCUGGCCAGCAGAAAGCAGAAGAAUACUUCAGUACGAUGGCACACUCGCAGCAUGGACGAGGAAAGAUGAUGCCCCCGGAAAAUGCUGAUAAGUUAAUGGCUAUGUGGAUGUAUACCGCAGCGAAGCAUAAUGGCGGUCAUCAUCAUCCCCAUCAUCCCAACAAGUCAGGAGUCACACCAGCUAAUGCCAGGCCGAUAAUGUUGGUGCCAGCUGGAAAUGGGAUUCUUCCACCACUCAACUACCGACAUCCAUCUGCAGUCAUGCUACCAGGAAUGAUGCCCGGAUCAAUGUCUCUUCCAUAUGCAGGUGUGCCAAUACAAGUUCUUCCCAACGGUACUAACCUACAUCCUGAGGACAUCAAAGCACUGUACCGUAUCCGAUCUUCGCAAAAACCUAUCUCAGAUAUUGGAAAACACUAUCUUUACCAAACCCAACAACGACGUACCGGAAAGAAUGAGGCAAGCCGAAGGCAACGACGUCGUUCUGAAUCAGACGCAGUUGAAAAUGGAAGGGCUUUCACAUACACUGGACUGGAUCGCGCCAUUGCCGAUAGCUUUUUGAAACAACAGGAACAAUCUAAUAGUGGAAGCCAUGUUGGAUAUUCGUCUGAAGAAUCAAUGAAGGAUGGCGAGCAAGAUGUUUGUGUAUAGAUACUUGGAUGGAGUUGGAGCUAUAUUGAACCAUUAUUUUUUUAAUAUAGUAUUAACACCAGAUUCGUUGUAUAUAGACAUUGAUUAUCAUGAUAGUAACACAAAACCAUUAUUUUAUGUAUUCGUUUUUCUUGUAAAUUAUGCGUACAAACAUAUAUUAAAGUUAUUUUUUAAAUAAAAUAUGUUUAUAUGUCA